AUGCAUAUCCAAUCGAUUCCGAUGUGGACGGGGAAGGGCAAUAACUAUGCCUACCUGGUGACGGACGAGCCAACUAAGCAGUCUGUAAUUAUUGAUCCGGCUAACCCGCCAGAAGUAGCACCGGUGUUGAAGAGCCAAAUUGAAGAUGGCAAGAUUGACCUGACAGCUAUUGUUAACACUCAUCACCACUGGGAUCACGCUGGCGGCAAUAAUGAAUUGCUCAAAAUCUUCGGCAAACUCCCUGUUAUCGGGGGUAAGAGCUGUCAAUCGGUGACGCAGACUCCAGCGCAUGGAGAGACAUUCAAGAUCGGAGAGCGUAUCUCCGUAAAAGCUCUCCAUACCCCCUGUCAUACUCAAGAUAGUAUUUGCUAUUUCAUGCAGGAUGGCGAGGAACGUGUCGUUUUCACGGGUGAUACCUUGUUCAUCGGAGGAUGUGGUCGCUUUUUUGAAGGCACCGCCCCCGAAAUGCACAAGGCGUUGAACGAGACGCUUGCCUCUUUGCCAGAUGAUACUAAGGUCUUUCCCGGCCACGAGUAUACCAAAGGCAACGUGAAGUUCUGUCUUGCCGUGUCGCAGUCAGAGCCUAUCACGAAGCUGGCGGCCUUCGCAGAGCAGAACCAGCAGACUCAGGGCAAGUUCACGAUUGGUGAUGAGAAGCUCCAUAACGUGUUCAUGCGCGUCAAUGACCCUGAGAUCCAGAAAAAGACCGGAAAGACAGACCCUGUAGAGGUGAUGGCAGCUCUGCGGGAGAUGAAGAAUGCGAUGUGA